UUGAGGUGGAAUCUUCCGUCUUGUAGCUUGAAUCCAAUGCUCCGUGUCCGCUUCUCUGGAGCAGCAGAAAACAACCUUUCUCCCUCCUCUAUACGACAUCCUUUUAUAUAUUUGAACAGCUUAAUAAACUUAUUUCCCUUUAUCAAAUGGCUCAAAGGGUAGUUUAAUAGCAGAUUGAACCCUUCCCGUUGGGGAAGAGCCAUAGCUUCAGUGUAAGAGCACCUGCCUGCCAUGCAAACCUGGCAUGUCCAGGUAGGGCUAGGAAUUCUGACAGUCUGAAACCCUGGAGAGCCUCUGCUGGUCAGUGUAAACAAUAUUGAGCUAGAUGCACCCUGUGAGGCCAGAGGCAACCGGAGUGCCGUUCACAUGGCAGCGAGGGAGAAGUUGCUGCACCUGUUUGGGGAGGUUUGAUCGAAGCCCAGAUAGCUGCUAGGCGUAGGUGGGGAUGACUCUGCCCUCUGGGAGAGAAGGAAGGGUAGAUAAGGGUGGAACCAUGAAGAGGUGGAGAAACAGAGAGGGGAGGCUGGAGGAGAGGAAGGCAGGAGGCAGCUCAAGUGCCGCUUACAGUGACCUGGGGAUGUUAUGGUCCAAAUAGCAUUCUCUCUGUUGGGAGAAGGUGAAGCAAAGAGACGGAGAGACGUCGCUGAAGCAAAAGGCUGCCUUGUGCAGGAGAAGAAUUAGCUAGGAUUGCAAGCCCAGAUUUCCCUUGGCCAGCAUGUUACGUUCGGUGGCUCUGCUUCUUCUCUUCGUGGUCUUCCGGCUGUUCCUGGAGCUGCCAUGGAUCCAGGUGGUCCCAGCCCUCUUAAUAUUCUACUUGGGAUCCGGAGGAUGGACUUUCCUUCGCAUCGUCAUCAAGACAGCCAGACGGGAUGUUUCGACUGGAUACGUUGUCCUCAUGACUCGGUUGAAGGUUUGGUGGUACGUGAAGCACAAAUACACAGUCCCGAAGCUCUUCCAGCAGACGGCACGCAAGCACCCAGGAAAAGCAGCCCUGAUUUUCCAGGGGACAGGCGAGACUUGGACCUUCCAAGACCUGGAGAACUACUCCAACCAGGUGGCCAACUUCCUGCAUGAAAGAGGCUUCCGCUCUGGGGAUGUCAUCGCCCUGUUCAUGGAAUCCCGCAACCAGUAUGUUGGUCUCUGGCUCGGCAUGGCCAAGAUCGGUGUGGAGGCUGCCCUCCUCAACUCUAAUGUGCGGCAGGAUUCGCUCCUUCACUGCAUCAACAUCUCGCACUCAAAGGCCGUCGUGUUUGGAAGCGAGUUGGCUGAUGCCUUGCGGGAAGUGCAGCCUUCCCUUGGGAAGUCCAUUCACCUCUUCUGUUCUGGUGACUGGAAAGCGGAAAGCACGCUGCGCGGCUCAGAACAUCUGGACCCUUUGAUUGAAAAAGCAUCUCGCCAGCCACCAAGUCCCCCAGACAAGGGAUUCCUAGAUAGAUUGUUCUACAUCUAUACUUCAGGCACAACUGGGCUGCCCAAAGCUGCAAUCAUUGUCCACUGCAGGUAUUUCCGGAUGGCAACCCUGGUGUUCAACGGCUUCCGCAUGCGACAGAACGAUGUGGUCUAUGACUGCCUCCCCUUAUACCACGCAGCAGGUAACAUUGUUGGGGUUGGCCAAUGCCUCCUGCAUGGGAUGACGGUCGUGAUCAGGAAGAAAUUCUCAGCUUCUAACUUCUGGGAAGACUGUGUGAAAUACAACUGUACGAUCGUACAGUAUAUUGGGGAGAUUUGUCGGUACUUGUUGAACCAGCCAUCUCAAGAGGUAGAGAGGAAGCACCGGGUCCGGAUGGCUUUGGGCAAUGGCCUGCGGGCUUCCAUCUGGAAGGAGUUCACUGAGCGCUUCGGCAUCCCCCAGAUAGCUGAGUUUUACGGAGCCACCGAAUGCAACUGCAGUGUGGGCAACUUUGACAACAAGCUGGGGGCUUGUGGCUUCAAUAGCAGGAUCCUUCCCAACAUUUACCCCAUCAACCUAGUCCGAGUGAAUGAGGAAACUAUGGAGCUGAUCCGGGGACCUGACGGGCUCUGUAUACGGUGCAAACCAGGAGAGCCAGGCCAGCUGGUUGGGCGCAUUGUCCAGAGCGAUCCUUUGCAGCGCUUUGAUGGCUACUUGAACAAUGAGGCCAACAAUAAGAAGGUUGCCCGCGAUGUCUUCACCCAAGGCGACUGUGCCUAUCUCACAGGUGAUGUGCUGAUCAUGGACGAGUUGGGCUACAUGUUCUUCCGGGACCGCACAGGAGACACUUUCCGCUGGAAGGGUGAGAACGUCUCCACGACGGAGGUGGAGGGGAUGCUCAGUCGCAUCCUAAACAUGACAGACGUUGUGGUCUACGGGGUGGAAGUUCCAGGUUCUGAAGGGAAGGCUGGGAUGGCAGCAGUUGUGGAUCCAGACCAGUCCUGUGACUUGGAGAGCUUUGCAGAGGAUAUGAAGAAGGCGCUGCCUGCUUAUGCCCGACCUGUUUUCCUGCGUCUGCUUCCGGAAGUGCACAAGACAAGUACCUUCAAGUUCCAGAAAAUGGACCUGCGUAAGGAGGGAUAUGAUGUCAAUGUGGUGAAGGACAAGCUUUAUUUCCUGGAGCCCCGGCAGUGCCGCUACCUCCCGUUGAACGAGGACAUCUUUAUGAGAAUCCAGUCAGGACAAAUGAAGCUGUGAAACAGCCCCUGGUCUUCUCCAUGACUUCUGUCCCUCUGUCUAGGGUAGCGCAGCGGUGGGACAAGAGUUUGCAUAGGAAAGGAAAAGCCAGUGAUGGUUAGAGAUUUAACAAAAGGCGGCCGGGGGGGUGGGGGGAGGCACAGCGAGUUGGUUUUUGGUUUCGUUUAUGAUUUGAUCAGUUUUUGUAGAAGACGAUGGUCAAUGGCAGCCUUCCCCAACCUGGUGCCCUCCAGGAGUUUCAGACUAUAACUCGCAUUGUGAGGGAAGCUUGCCGUAUGGUUUGCAGGGGGCAGCUGCGGGGGGGGGGGGGCAGGUUGAUGCAUACCAAAGCAUAGAAGCACUAUGGCUUUAUUUUCUACUUGGUUGGAACAGUGGCCAUGCUGUUUCCUGUUCCUCUGGGAUGAGCAUGCUAGGUCAGUGUGUCAAAUUCUAAGGCUCUGCCCUCCGGUUUCCCAGGCCCCAUCCACCCCUCUGCAUUUAAAACAAUAUCGCACCAUUUUGAACAGCCAUGGCUCCCCACCCCCACAAAGAAUUCUAGGAUCUAAAGUUUGUUUAAGGUAAUGAGAGUUGUCAAGAGGCCUUGCUAGAGCUGCAGUCCCGGGAACUCCGGGAAUUACAGCUCUGUGACGGGGUGGCCUCCUAACAACUUUCAGGACCCUGAGCAAACUACAACUCCCAGGAUUCUUGGGAGGGGAAACCAUGGCAGUUAAAAGUGGAACGGUACUGUUUUAAAUCUUAUAGUGCAGACGAGGCCCUGAUCUCCCUUUGCCCCUUUUCUGUGUUUCCCCAUAGGACCCACAAGGGCUGCACUGCUUCAUCACGCCUCUAGGUGGUGCCAUGGUGCUUCCUUUCUCCGCCAUGUCUGGAUACUCUGGGUUCACUGGAGCCCCUCUGCCUUCUGGGGUCCACCUUUGAUCCUCCUCCCUUUGCCAAGGUUGUAAUCAUAAUUUUUUAUGAGGAGAGAUUGUCUCUCUUGUGACUACACUGUCCCUAGUUUGCGGAGUGGGCAGGAAAGGGCACAGUGGCUCAACUUAUUCCAGGGAUAUGGGUGGUGUGUGUUUGGUUUGGUUUUACUUCACAAAUGGAUGUUUAUUUGUAUGUGGGGGUAUUCAUAUAUAUUUUUUGCCAUUUAUUGCAAGUUCCAUUUUGUUUUUAAAGAAACAGAAAAGGGUUAACGGCAAGCUUGCAAUUCUGCCCACAGUACAAGCCUGGUUAGCUUUUCAUUCUUCUUCUUUUUGUCUGGCAACAGCAUCUCAUUCUAUAUCUCAUGUAUGAACACAGGCGGCUUCGUUCCACUUCUCCUACAGGGGUGGGGGAGCUUUAAAAGGGUCAGAGGCAAAAAUUAUCCUUACAGGUCAGUUCCUUCAUCUGUGUGCUCAGCAGUUGUGUCUCGGUGUGAAUCCCACCCGUUUCUUAAGUUUUGCUAGGUGGAACUUUCCAUCUCCUGCAUUUUUCAGAAAGGUGUGUAUGCGCGCGUGCGCACUUCAAAUGGCUCUUGAGUGAUUUUCACGAACAAAGAUACAGGGGCAUGUUGGUUGCUUGGCUUCCUCAAGCCCACCACUGACAAUGGCGAAUUGUACUGUCAGGAUGGCACUAGGGUGCGUGUGCAAACAAGACCCCAUGAAUGCACCCCUGUUCCAGAGGAGCAGGUGCAUGGCACUUGAGGGUUAUUCAUUUUCUAUGCAUGGGGACAAGGGGGGCUGGUGGUAUCAGUUGCCCAAGGCAGUCCAGAAGGCUCAGAGCCACCACAGGUUCCAUUUAAUUCCUUGUGAGUUGAAGGCCUGUUUGGGUGUGAGCCAGGUGAUCCCAUUCAUGCUAUGAUUCUGUCUCUCUACCUAGCCAUAGAACUGAAUGGCAGGACCCUUGCUGGGGGAAAAGGAAGUCCUGCCUCAUCUCACUAGCGCCUAUCAGAAGUGUCAGUCCAAACGAUUGAUGAGUGCUUAAAUUCUUCUACUAUGUGCAAUGUUUGCACAUGUGCUGUGAGUUACUGCACACCUGUUUGGGAGAGGCCACAGGCCAGCUGUAGAGCAUGUGCUUUUGCAUAUAGAGACAAAGGUUGCUGCUUCAGUCUCUGGCAGGGCUGGGGAGAAUCUCUGCCGGAGACCUUGGAGGAGUUUGCUGGCCACACUGGGCUUGGAUAGAGCUCCUUAUCUCUUAGUAUUUUGCACAAGGGUGUGCAUUGGUGCCAUCCGGGCAGGACUCUGGGGGAAGGGAUCUAAGGGCCUGCUCAGCAGGGCUGGCUUACCAUAUCUUGAAGUAAGUUCCUCCAGUCUAAAAUUACCUAAAUGUAGAAGGAUGGGAGAAUAAUCUCAGAGUUUGUAGCAACCCAGGAGUUCUUGGAUCUAGUGCUAUCCUGCAAGGCAUAAGCAUCCACAAGAGGUGUCUGCUCAGCUUCCUUUUAGCAACCUCCAAGGCAGGGGGUGGGGAGCCUGUGGUCUGUCAGGUGUCUUCCAACUCCGGCUCCCUUCAUCCCUCGGCUAUGCUGAUGGGAGCUGUGUUUCCACAGGACCUCUCACUCCACUCAGAGGAAGUCAGUGGUCCUUUGCUCUCUUGCUGCAGGCUGCUUUGGGGACUUCAGCCAGCCAUUUGCCAGUUUUAAUGCCAAAGUCCUUGCCCAGAAAUUUUGUAAAUAGAAAAAAACACCUCUGUUGUUUGUGAGUAGGGAGUCGUAAAUCAGAAAGGGGAGGGCUGUAACCAAAUGGCAUGCAGAAGCCAAUGCAAUCUCAGCCAUUGCCAGGUAGAGCUGGGAGAGACUCCUGUCCAAAAAAACCAGAGAGCCACUGCCCGUCAGUGUUGGCAAUACUGAGCUAGAUGGACCAUUUGUCCGACUCUGUAUAAGGCAGCUCCUUGUGUUCCCACUGCCAUCAGCCCAGGGUGGUAUCCAACUGGGUUCUACUCAGAGUAGUCCGAUGGAAAUUAAUGAACCUGAUUCAGUCAUGUCCAUGAAUUCCAGCAGGACUGCUUUCACUAGCACUAACGUACUGUAAGAUGUACCCCCCCUUCCCCAAAAUAAUGUUUAGCAGGUUGAAGCUGGAACAGUUUGCCUUUCACUGCAUGGUUUCUCCACAAGGGCAGAAAUCCAGUUUCUCUUGAGACACCAGCCUCACUUCCAGCCAGGUGACCUGUUCAUUCAGCACUCAUUCUGAUCCGUUUACAGAAAAGCCGCACAAAAAUGAGAGUGACUUUUUUUUCCUUUAGCAUUGGUUCCAAUAGGCUUGGGCUGCACUCUCUGCAGUGCACUUCCCCUUCAAUUUCCUUAUUGCAAAAGUUAGGGCAGGGGGUUAGGAGCAGGCAGCAGAUUUGUUGUGCAAGGCCAUGAAUGAAAUUUUAAUUUGCCGCCUGAAUUGGCCAGCAUGUGUUUGGCUCCCCCCCCCCUUAAGAAUAGCAACAGCCUGGGAAGCACUGGUGGUUAUUGAGGCAGACUAAACCUUGUCUGCUGGUCCUACAAAAUAGGAACAAUCAAAUAUAUAGGGGGCAGUGCUUGAACUACUGGACUAGCAAGCACCUGUGUCAGAAGAACGUUAGGUGAUUCAAAAGCAGUGUAACUGCAGCUGCUUAAGAUGUUUGGUAGCUCCAGUAAUGAUGUUGCCCUUCUUUGCUUUGUGUUCCUGAGAGGUAGACUUUGAGGGCUCUUCUGUGCCUCUAGAUUCCUCUCUCUCUCUCUCUCUCUCUCUCUCUCUCUCUCUCUCUCUCUCUCUCUCUGUGUGUGUGUGUGUGUGUGUGUGUGUACACUCACAUGUAUUGAUUUGGAUCUCCCCUGGGGUCAGGGCUUGACCUGCGAUUUCAGAGUUUUAGCCUCCUUUAUAGGGUCUUCACAUGGGUGAAAGAAAAACAUCAAGACAAGGAGGGCAGAAUAGCAAAGAAUAAGGUUACUGUAACUUCCGUCAUAGAGCUUCAGUAUGCUGAUGACAACGUAGUGUGUGCACGCUCAGAGGAUGACCUCCAAACCAUCCUAAAUAUCUUUGCAGAAGCUUACGGAAAGCUUGGACUAUCACUCAACAUCCAAAAAACCAAAGUGCUGCACCAACAAGUACAAAAUAACCCCUCUGCAGCGCCACAAAUCCAACUCACUGGUGUAACAUUGGAAAAUGUUGAUCACUUCUCCUACCUGGGCUGUUAUCUUUCCACAAGUGCCAACAUUGAUGUCGAAAUCCAGCAUCACCUGAGCUCUGCGAGUGCGUCUUUCUCCCGAUUGAAGUGCAGUGUUUGAGGACCGGGACAUUUGCAGGGAAACCAAAAUGCUUGUUUACAAAGCUAUUGUACUACCAACCUUACUGUAUGCUUGUGAAAUGUGCACCACUUAUAAACGCCAUCUCAACCUUCUUGAAAGAUUCCAUCAAUGGUGUCUCCAAAAAUGUUUACAUAUCACUUGGGAAGACAGGCGAACUAAUAUCAGUGUACUGGAAGAAGCAAAGAUCAUCAACUUCGUUGGACUGGUCAUGUUGUGCGGAUGCCUGAUGAUCGUCUUCCAAAGCAACUACUCUAUUCCGAACUUAAAAAUGGAAAGCAUAAUGCUGGUCGUCAACAAAAGAGGUAUAAAGGCAAAUCUUUAAAAGAAUGUAAUACUGUACUGUAUAAACACUGAGAACUGGGAAACACUGGCCUGCGAGCGCUCAAGUUGGAGAACAGCCUUUACCAAAGGUGUCAUGGGCUUUGAAGACACUCAAACUAAAGACACAAGGGAGAAAUGUGCUAAGAGGAAGGCACGCUUGGCAAAUCCACACCGUGAUCAACUCCUGCUCGGAAACCAAUGUCCCCACUGUGGAAGGACAUGUAGAUCCAGAAUUGGCCUCCACAGUCACUUACAGACUCAUUGUUAAAACCCUGUUUAUGGAAGACAAUCUUACUCAGCUACAAGUGAUCGCCAAAGAAGAAGAAGAAGAGGCAACUACUUCCUGUCCCCUGAGAGCUUUUGCUCUUCACUGAUGUGUCUGCCCCACCCCCACCCCACUAUUGACCACAGACAUCUGAGUGCAGUUGGGUGGUGGUCCAAAAUAAAGAGCACCCACAUAUUGAGGCCUGUGGCUCUAGGAGGUUCUUUUCUUGGGGGGGGGGAGAUUCCCACAAUGGGCAUUUCACCUUCCCAGGGCCCUACUGCUUACUCACUUUCCCACUCUGGGCCCAAUCCGUGUAACUGCCGCAAAGAGGGCAAGCUAAGAGGCAGUUGUAUUCAUUCCACUUUGAGAAGCGGCUCCCACCACUUUGAGUUGGGGUGGUUGGGGGCUUCUUUUAAAACCCCUGUGCAUGAUUCAUUGUGUGAACUUCAUGCACCCAAUGUGCUGUGUUUUUAAUGUGCUCAAUCAGGUGGACUACUGAAGGCAGCAGAGAACAAGUUUUCCCUAGCCAACCUUGUGUCUUAACUGUAGCCCGAAUACCAGAUAAUGCAGCUUGAGAGGUCUGCUUGCAUUCCUCUUUAUUGCAGCCUCCCCCAACCUGGUGUCCUCUGGACAUUUUGGAACCCAGUUCCUAUCAGCCCUGGCCAGCAUGACCAAUGGCCAGUGGUGAUGGAAGUGGUAGCGUGUUGGGUGGGGGAAAGGUUGCUGUGUAGUGCAUAUGACUCUGGUGCAGGGAGGAAGACCCAAGAGUUCUGUGCUGGUGGCAUUGAAAUCCAGGCUGUGGUCCUGAAGACAGAGUUAGUUCCAGACAUAUCUUAUGUGAGUGGGUCAUAUACAUUUUUAAAGUAGCCAUGGAGAACAUUUGCGUUUCUCCAGACGUUGGUCUUCCCACCUGCCGCAACCAGCAUGGCCACUACUUAGGGGUGAUAGGAGUUGUGCCUGGCAGGUUCCUGAUGCUUACCAUCUCUGUUUCUUAGAACAGGACUACAUGGUGAUAUUCUCCCCAUGCCUCUAGAGCACUGGUUAACUGAAGCUUCCUUUGCAUCAUAUGGUGCAAGUAGCCACAAGAGUGCCGUGAAAGUUCUUCUUGCCCCGGCUACUGAAUGGGCUUCAGCUCAGGACAUUUGGGUGGCUGAAGUACAGACAAUUAAAAUGUGUCUUUUUACUACCGUAAUUACGGCAUCAUGGGGCACAGGGUCUGCCAUGCCCUUUGGUGAACCUCAACCAGUUGGUCCGAAAGGGAUCUUCUCUCUUUCUUUGGAUUUAACAGCAAUUGUGAAUUGUGUUUGAUGCGACAGGGGUUGCUUGUACUGUAGUGCAGGAGGAAAGAACACCUCCACAUGUUGUGAUCCAGAUAGCACUGGGCCCAUUCCCAUGCCUGAUACCAACUUCUCUCUCUCUCUCUCUUUUAAAUAAGCAAGUUUAGUAUCUAGCUUGGCCGGUCCUACCAUUGGAAACCCAAAACCUGAUGCCUGAGGUGGCUGCUUCUGGACCUGCCCAAAGAACACGGUUGAUUAGGCAGUACCAAAAUGUCUAAAUAACUAAAUACAUUGCCUCAUAGUAGAGCCGAUUCUGGAACAAAUGGUGCAAGAGUUAAUGGCAGCUUCCAUCAGCCCCAGCCAUAGUGACUAAUGGCCAAUGAUGAUGAGAGUUGGAGUCCAGCAACAUCUGGAGGGCUGCAGGAUCCCCAGUUCAGAGUCAGGUUGCUAUGCCUUCUUGCUGCUUCCUUGAUUAAGCUGCUCCCUUCAAGCAGUAUUUCAUGUGUGUGUGUGUGUGUGUGUGUGUGUGUGUGUGUGUGUGUGUGUGCAGUUGUGCGCAUGACCAUGUGGAGAACUUGUGGAUGGACUGACUGUUUACAGAGGGGCAGGUGUUUAGAGCACACACUUUACAGGCAGAAUGUUGGAUCCUAGACACUUUUCUGCCUUGCACCCUGGAGAGCUGCUGCUGGUGACAUAGAUUGUCCAGGAAUAGGAGAACACAUGGCCUUGACCAUGAAUGAAACAGCAUCCUAUGUUCUCUGAAUGCUGCUUGUGUGUAAACAGUAGAGGUGUGCAACUGCGCUCUGCUGGGACCAAAUAAGAAGUUGAGUCGGUGGUUUUACUCAAUCCUGAGACAAACUGCAAUAUCAGCAAAGUACCCUGAGUCAGGUCAGCCCCUGCCAAAGCUUUGUCAUAUUCUGCUGCUGUUUUUCUGGACUCUAUACCUUUCUCUGUGUUGUAUCUCUAUGUUUUCCUUUGUUUCUAUGUUUCUGUACUCUAGGUCCAUGCCCCUGGGAGCGUGAGGACGGCUCUGCUUCCUUUGCCAGGGUGGAGUGGAAACCCCAAAGAAUCUGGCGGCUGGGGGAACCUGUUUUUGCCCCCUCGGAAUUUUUUUUGGGGGGGCACGCUGCUACGCCAUUGGCACUGAAGAGCUGUAGACUUUCUUUUUAUGAGUUGAAAACUUCAUUAACUCUUUUUAGAAGUCAUCUGUUGUUCUGCUUAGGCAGUGUGUGUGUGUGUGUGUGUGUGUGUGUGUGUGUGUGUGUGUGAUAGUUGUGUGAGGUCUUGUCAGGCGGCAAGGUUGCCAGGAAUGCCAGGAAUGGAUAAGACAAGGAAAAGUCAUUACCACCUGCUUUUUAUUCAAUAUUUACAGAGAGAGGCUUGGAACACAGUCUCUUGGAAUAAUGGCAUUUUUCUGAGUGACUCUCCCUCCCUCUCCCCCCUUACUUUCAAGGUUCGCUGGGUUCUGGGAGAAGAGGGCUCUGGAAUGCUUUCUAAAGACACUGUGUCCAUCAGCUGUUGCCCCCUUGGUGCUGCUGCUUCCUCCUCUCCCAUUAUUUCCCCACUUUCCCCCUCAUCUGCCUCUGAGCUGUGAUCUCCCUCAAACCCCUGUUGUAAUUCUGAACUUCUUCUCUGGAAGGGUUAAGCUGGGGGUGCGGUCUCCACCAUUCCUCCUCUGCCUAAUCCCUGACAGGUGUAUAUAGGCAAACCACACCCAUGACUCUGUGCCAUGAAUGGUGAAAGCAAGCAAGCUAAACCAUGGAUUGCCCGCCAUGUCUUUGGAAGCCUAAACCACGGUUUGGGUUCCAAACCAUUAUUUAGAACGAUAGCUGAAUUAAGCCGGUGUCUUCAAGACAAGGAGGUAAAAUCAUCUGAUGAUGCAGCUGCUCCUGUUUCAGUGGUGGAAAAAGGAGACACUUACUAAAUUUUCCCCUCCUGUUUACAACUCUAAAUUACCUUCCACAGUAGAUGCUUUCCACAUCAAUGGGAAACUCCCUUCAAUUCAGCACUGACUAAGCUCUGCAAAAAAAAAAAAAAUAGUGCUGGAAAGGAGAUACAAAGGGAAGAGGGAGAUAUGUGCUCCAUAUUGAAGAUUGUAAAAAAGAAAUCAAGGAGAAGCCCCCCUCCUCACUUAGCUUGGUGGGUGCUUAGCUAGAAUGGCUGUUCAUUGGAACCGGCUGCCUAGCCUUCAAGCUUAGGAAGUCCAGCUUCCAUUUCCUUACCUGCUAUCAAUCGGAGUUUACUAAGCUUCCCUGAAAACGUGCCCCCUUUCCUAAGGUGUCUCCGUGUGUAAUUCCAGCAGCUGACAUCCUUUGGGCAUUCGUCUGGGACACACUGCUAAUGUCUGCUGUGUGGACUCCCUUUGUUUUCCUUGUUUUGUUUUCUGACCUGGUACUCUGAACAUUACCAGGUGGCAAGUUCUCAGCUACCCACUUUUGAUUUGCCCUGGUGCCCCCAGUUUAGUGUCAUUCCGGGGCAGCUUUCACCAGUGUUGUACCUUCUGGAUGUUUGGGAUUGCAACAUCUGGAGGACAACAGAUGCACAAAGGCUGUUCUGGGGUGUUGUGGGAAACUGAAAGGAUAGCUAGACUUAGCUGUCCUGUGCUUCUCAGAACGCUGCCAAUGUAGCCAGGUCAAUCUGCCAGGGCCCCCUUUUUCCAGGCCUUCCUCAAAACUUUCUGACAGGCAUGUUCAACAGUGGAGCACCCUCAUUUGCUUGAGCUGAGGUUCCUGCUUUGCAGGGGGUUGAACUAAGUGACCCCUGGGGUCCCUUCCAACUCUAUGAUUCUGUUAUCCUAAACCUGAAUAUGAACUUGGGCAUCUCAUUUGUGGUUGCAGGAACAGGUCCUCCUAAUACCAGUUUGCAUAUUUUAAAAUAAAUCCAUUGUUUUCUUUGUGGGGGUGUGUAUUUGCUUUUAUUGUUUUUUUGGUCUUUUUUAAAUCAAUGCUGUUUCAACAUUUACUCAGGGAACAUGGUGCAGCAAGAGGUGUCAGUGUCUUUGUGUGUCUGUUUUGGGAGGCCAUGGAGAAGAAAGGGGUAUUUUACCUACCCUAUGUAUGUGUGUUUUUCCCUGAAUUGAAAAGUAGGGAAAAUUGUGUUUUACCUCUGAUGCUUGCUCAUGAUCAUCACACAACAUCUUCUGCUAUCUCGAGGCACCAUGGCUUGUGAUUCCUGCAACGGAACUAGGGAAGAAAAUGGAAUCUUCAUGUCUAAUAAAAGAGGAUUUCAAAGUUA